AUGCUGCAGCUUCAGCUUGUUGUGGUGCAUUUGGCCCUCGUGGUUACCCUGCUGCAGCGGCACUCCAGCUUGAUGCUCCUAGCAGAGGCAGCUCCAGCGCCUUUGGAGCCUUCUGCUGCUCUGGGCAUGGAAGCACACCCAACUGCCAGUGAAGAGAAAGCAGCCUCCAACCUGGCAGCCAAACUGUUCCUGCUUGAUGAGCUGGUGUCUCUGGAGAAUGAAGUGACUGAGACCAAGAAGAAAAGAAGUUUCCCAGGAUUUGGCUCCCCAAUCGACAGAAUUUCUGCAACCUCUGUGGAUACUAAAGGCAAACAGAGGAAAGUGGUGGAGCUGCCUAAGAGACGGUUUGGGAUUCCUCUCGACCGGAUCGGAGUGAGCCGUCUUGGCAACACCAAGGGUUAGCAGUUUCUGCAAGUGCUUCUGUUCUGAAUGAUUGAUGCUGUACUGGAAACAUCACAGAAAUGCGGAAGAUGCACCAGAGCAUGU